AUGGCCGAUGCUUUGACAGGUUUUAUUGGUGCUUUUGCCCACCAGAUAUCCGAAAUCAAGAGGAAAAUUAAAGACAUUAUCUGGCCCCCCGAAGCGGCCGGAAGUCAAGAAGAAGAAAGCGACGCAUAUAACCUGAUCCUAACUCCCUCAGGAGGACACGCCGCCUAUCCCUCAAAAGCCCAAUCCCUUUUCUUCCGGUAUCCGAGAGCGAAGACCUUGGAAGUGUUAGUUGUUAUCCUCGUGGAUCUCACCGAAAGAUUCGUUGUGCGCGAAAUUUGCUAA